GUGGUGAAUAAUGCCUGGUUUGUUUAAAGGAGCAUGACUGAUUUUGGAUGUAGGAUCCUGUCACUUUGGCAUUUUUAGUUUUAUUUAUUGCACACAACCGUAUAAAACUUGGUACUGGUCUCAGUGCCAGGCUUACUAGUGGAAAAGCUGAAAGGACCACAUAACUCCUGGUGCAGCAAAGAGGUUCUCCUUCUGCAAGGCAUUUUCUGGACUCCUGAGAAAUUAUUUUGAAUAACAUGGCAGAGAAGGAUUUCAUCAGUUGGCAUCUGCUGGCUUUAUUUUUUCUUCCAUUUUGCCUGUGUCAAGAAGAAUACAUGGAGGUGAGCAGAAGAUCUUAUAAACCAGUGGCCAAAGUAUUGCAAAGUCACCACCAGACUGGCCAUAAAGGUUCCAGAAGCAGGGAAAUUUUGAAACAGCGGAGUCAACUUAUAGAGUGGACUGUUGCUAAUAGCUCUUCUACAGACCAAAAUGUCCUGAGACCAGAGGUAGAUGAUGUAGAACUGACUACCUCAGAUAGAGUCCAGCCCCCACAAACUGGACCACAGAAUCCAGACUGUAGUUCCUGCUGCCGUGGUGACUUUGGAGUUCGGCUAUACCAAGGACCCCCAGGACCUCCCGGCCCCCCUGGGAUGCCAGGAAAUCAUGGAAACAAUGGAAACAAUGGAGCAACUGGCCAGGAAGGAGCCAAAGGUGAGAAAGGAGACAAAGGAGAUAUGGGACCGAGGGGUGAGCGUGGCCAUCAUGGACCCAAAGGCGAGAAGGGUUACCCUGGGAUUCCUCCAGAGCUACAGGUUGCUUUCAUGGCUUCCAUGGCUACUCACUUCAGCAACCAGAACAGUGGGAUCAUCUUCAGUAGUGUCGAAACCAACGUUGGAAAUUUCUUUGAUGUUAUGACUGGGAGAUUUGGUGCUCCGGUGAAUGGGGUGUAUUUCUUCACCUUCAAUAUGAUGAAACAUGAAGAUGUGGAGGAAGUGUAUGUGUACCUGAUGCAUAAUGGUAACACAGUAUUCAGCUUAUAUAGCUAUGAAUCGAAAGGGAAAGCAGACACUUCAGGAAACAGUGCGGUGCUAAAACUUGCCAAGGGAGAUGAAGUCUGGCUGCGAAUGGGAAACGGAGCUCUCCAUGGGGACCAUCAACGCUUCUCUACCUUUGCUGGGUUUCUUCUCUUUGAAACCAAGUAAAGAAAGAAACAACCAAGUAGGUGUUUACCUGAGGAAGCUUCUUAUUGGGAACUGGCAUUUUUCUUGGACUGUGGAAUUGCAUUACAACAUGUAAAGAUCAAGAAAGCUUGUUUUGAUGAAAUGUGUUGCUAUUUCUGUAUCAGAGAUGAGCCAAAUACACCGGGUAGUUGACACAAUUACAGACACACGGAGGAUGUAUUGUCAUCUAGGCUGCAGCUGUUCUAUGUGAUUGCUGUCUUCUCCAAAGCGACUGAAAAACAAAGGGGAAGGAGUUUUAGUAAUUUAGAGAGCAGUUUGCACAGUAAAGCCAAUUUUGUCUGUAAAUAUACUCUAGCUAAAUAUACACCAGGAAGUGAAAAAUUGAUUCAUGUUUUUCUGUUCUUUUAUUCAGUUCUUAUGACAUGUUCAUUUAAAUUUGCAUCAUGGAAACAGGCCUGAAUGAAUUAUAAGUAGGCUCAGCUGAGACCAGAUUUAAAGGAAGCUUGGACUAGAAUGAACUUUACAAAUAGAAGGAAAAAAAAAUGUGAAAAUUAAGAUGUCAAGGAUUCAGGUUUAUUGCAUCCCUAUCUCAAACCUCUGAAGAUAAUUUUUCAAAUAUUUUUAGUACAUAUUUAUGCUUGCUCUCUCUCUUAAAAAAAAAAAAAAAAAAAAAAAAAAAAA